GGUUUACAAGGUUGGACCAGAACGAUGAAUGGAUAGUGUAAUAUUGGACCAGGACUUGCAGCCUGCAUUUGCAGUUGCGUACCCCAGUCAGGCAUUCUCUAGGCUCUCUUCUGUUUUAUUCUGUGUCGCCUUAGCCAAGGAUCACAGGACUUCCCGACAGAGGACAGGGCCUUUCCUUCUGAAAAUCGAAGGAUCAACCGCACAUGUUUAAUGAUUUAUAAGAGUGAACAACCAACGCAAGUCUGUUCCUAGGGGAUAGCAACCGUUUUGAAUAUCCCAAGAACUGGAACGAAUCAAACUAGUCAGUUCGA